CGACGUGUUCAUCUUCACGCUCAUUUGUCUUCUCAGAAGUUUGUCUUUCAGUUCACUCGCUCACACACUCAUUUUUGGGGGUCGACUCUCCGCUCAGUUUCCAUCGUGGACUUCUUUCCAAACAAUUCUUCCAUUCAUUCAUCAUUUUCAUCGUCAAUAAAUAUCUGAUACACAAGUGCCUCGCAAUGAGAAGCAUAUUUGUCUCCUGGGCAGCUCUUGGCCUCGCUACAGUCGUAUCUGGCGAUGUCCAACCGAACAUGCAGUACGACCCCAAGACCAUCAGCACUUGUACCUGGUGGUACGACAACUAUGAAGGCCAAACCUGCCAGGCGAUUCGCGACUGGCGCUACGGCAUCAGUGCGGCCGACUUUAGUCGUUGGAACCCUUCAGUGAGAUCCGAUUGCACCAACUGGCAGCCGCUUUCGUAUUGUGUCGAGGUGGCCAGCGAAAUAAAAAGUAGCAGUAUCGCUCCGACUUCGACAACGCCAGUGAGCAGCAAGACCUCCGCAAUCCCAACGCAGACCGCAGUACUCACAGGUUGGAAUGCUCUGGGUUGCUAUGUUGAUAGUAAUACGCUCUCCAACAAGACGACCAAGGCGGGAGGCACGAGCUUGACGGUGGAAAAGUGCGAAGUCGCAUGUUUCGGCGACAAGUACAAAUAUGCCGGUGUGAAAGCUGGCACUGACUGUUGGUGUGGUUCCUACGUGGGAAACUCGUGGACAUCGAAUCAAGCUGAUUGCAACGUUCCAUGCGCUGGUAACUCUGCUCAAGUCUGCGGCGGCAAGAGUGUCUUCAAUGUUUUUGAGGCUCAAACCAAAACUGAGCUGCCGCCAGCUGGGUCUCAGACUGCAUGGCCUUCCGUCUCUACUCCCAUAACCACCUCCACAAGUGCUACCUCUCACGUCCCAACUGCCUCAGUGCAACCUACCUGGCAGGCUGUAGGAUGCUACAAGGACUUAUAUCCGUCGACUAACCGCACCCUGAAGACCCUCUCUAGCGCCUCUGACACCACUCAAACGCCGCAAAACUGCCAGGCUGCUUGCCUGAAAACAGGAAGCAUCUACGCCGGUCUCGAGAACGGACGCGAAUGUUGGUGCGGGAACGAAAUCCAGUCUCCCGCGAGUAAUACCCCCGUCGCAGAAUCCGACUGCAACAAGCCCUGCACUGGCAACAAAUCCCUCCAAUGCGGUGCCGGCGCCCGUGCCUACCUGUACAAGUACGUCGUACCGUCCGUCCCCUGGGUUGGUCUGGGCUGCUACGGCGAAGCGAGCCCACGCAUCCUGCGCAACAUCAUCAGCGUCGUGGGUGGUCAGGCGAAUAACACGCGUCAAAAUUGUAUUACAGGGUGUGACAACCUCGGGUACGGCUAUGCAGGAGUGGAAAAUGCGGGAGAGUGCUGGUGCGAUAAUCAGAUUACUGGACAGCUGGCUACUGAUGGAACAACCUCGUGUAACAAGGCCUGUCCGGGUAAGAAGGACGAGACAUGCGGUGGUUUGUCGAGGUUGGAUGUGUUCGUCAAGUCAUCUAUUCUGGCAUAG